GAGUAGCGCGAUGGGAGAGAGAGAGAGAGUAUCCCGACGGGAGAGAGACAGAGUAGUGCGGCGGGAGAGAGAGAGAGAGAGAGAGAGAGAGAGAGAGAGAGAGAGAGAGAGAGAGAGAGAGAGAGAGAGAGAGAGAGAGAGAGAGAGAGAGAGAGAGAGAGUAGCGCGGCGGGAGAGAGAGAGAGUAGUGCAGCGGGAGAGAGAGAAAGUAGCGCAAUGGGAGAGAGAGCGGCGGAGUGAGAUAGGAGAGAGACAGAGAGUAGAGCGGCGGGAGAGAGAGAAAUUAACGCGAUGGGAGAGAGAGCAGCGCAACGAGAUGGGAGAGAGACAGAGUAGCGCAGCAGGAGAAAGCGAGAGAGUAGCGCGAUGGGAGAGAGAGAGAGAGAGAGAGAGAGAGAGAGAGAGAGAGAGAGAGAGAGAGAGAGAGAGAGAGAGAGAGAGAGUAGCGAGAUGGGAGAGAGACAGAGUAGCGCGGCGGGAGAGAGAGAAAAGCGCGGCUCGAUAGAGCGUGUAGCGCCGUGGGAG